AUGGCGACCGUCAGCGUGGGGGACACCGUCAUGGUCCCCGGCGACAUGCAUGGCGUCGUCAAAUUCAUUGGCCCUGUCGCCGGGAAAAAGGGAAUAUUUGCAGGCGUACAACUCGCGACGGAGUAUGCGCCUCGCGGCAAGAACUCUGGUGAAGUGGAUGGAAAAUACUAUUUCAGAACCUCGAUCCCGGGCUCAGGCAUAUUUCUGCCUCUGGAGAAGGCUGUAAAGAAACCCGGCAGUUCGGGCAGUCUGGGACCGGGAGGACUGGGACUCAGUGGUCUCAGAGCGAGUCCUGGGCCCGGGACACCCACCAACAGACUGGCCAGCUUCAAUCAGGGCGGGAGAACACCCGGCGUGACGACGGGUAUUGCAAAACCCUCCUUCAGUCAGUCCAUGGGUCCGGGCGCCAUGAGACCGUCGGGCGCCGCCAGCCCGGCCCUCAAACCGCCACCCCUGAGAAGGGAAUCCCUCCCACGACCCUCGAGUCCGCUGCGAAAAAUCAAUACGCCUACACCCAGAACACUGGCCACGCCGAAGACGCGGCCCAGCGGUAUUGGUCUCGCAAAGAGCACCAACGGAGGAGGACCAGGCGGGCCUUACGCCAAACCGGGCCAGCAACGGGGUGUCAACAACUUCAGCCAGAGCUUGCGACAGGGCAGCUCGACCACAUCCGCAAGCCCGUCGUUAGGGCCUGAAUCGAGUUUUGACGAAAUUCCCGAGCAAGAGGCGGAGUCCACGCCCACGCCCACGCCCAACUUUAGUAGAAAGACGACUGAGACCAACGUGGAAAAGUACGAGACCAAGAUCCGCGAAUUGAGCGAAGAACUGGAGAACGCGAGACGCCAACUACACGAUCAAGGCACGAGUUUUGCCGAGAUGGAGCGCAAUUUCAACGAAAUACAAAAGCUUCUACCCGGCCUGGAGGAAGACCAGCAGGUCGCGAAAAGGAACCGGGAGGACGGCGAAGAAGACCUACCCCGGGACAUCGUUUCCCUGAGGGAAGCGCUCCGGGAGAAGAACGACAAGAUCAAAAUUCUCACGGCGGAAUUUGACGCCAAUCGUGCGGAUUUCCGCUCGACGAUCGAUACGUUGGAGAUGGCGAGCACCGAAACCGAACGUGUCUACGAGAAGAGAGUCGAUGAGCUGUUAGAAGAAGUGAGAAAUCUCCAGGACCGAAGCGAGGAUGUCGAAAACGUCGCACAGCAACUUAAGCAGUUGGAAGAACUGGUGCAGGAGCUCGAAGAAGGCCUCGAGGACGCGAGGCGAGGAGAGGCUGAGGCGCGGGGAGAGGUCGAGUUCUUGAGGGGCGAGGUUGAGAGGUCGAGAAGCGAGUUGAGGAGGGAGAAGGAGAGAAUGAAGACGGAAGAGCAACUCAACGGUGGCGGUGGCUAUUCGUCUUCCUCGAAGGUGCAGGAGCUCGAAGCCCAGUUAACCGCAAAGGAUGAUGAGAUCCGGGGCUUGAAGGCCAUCAUCCAGAAUCUCAACGCCAACAGCCCCAAAAGACCCAACGGCAUCACGGUCACGAAUGGACAUCAGAGAAAAGACUCGACGCUCAGUGGUGACGCUGGAGAGGAUGCCCUGCAGCAACAGAUCCGUGAUCUUGAAGUUCUCCUACAGCAAAAAAGCGCCCACGAAGAGGAACUGGUGCAGGAAGUCCGACAGCUCCGGAAUAGCGUCACACUUUCCAAGUUCCCUAUGCCGAUGGGUGGCACUGCAUUUGGCAUCCACACCGGGAUGCGCACGGGGCACUCGAGGGGCAACAGCGAGGAAUUGGAUCGCAAGCACCUCAGCACUGGCAGUCAGCGGACGGUGGUCCUUGGGCCGGUAAAACGAAACGGCGCAAAUGGGCAUGAGCGGCAAGACAGCCAACCCAUCGGUGAGGAGUCCUGGCAUGAUGCUCCCUCGGGGGGAAUGUCGCCGGUCAGACAGCAUCACGAUUAUGACACUGGUGCGCGGGAACGUGAGAGGUCCGAUGACGGCGUAACGGAUGUCUCUACUUCUGAAAGCGCCGUGUUAUGGUGCGAGAUCUGUGAAGAAGGCGGGCACGACAUCUUGACCUGUGGAAACAUGUUUGGCCCCGGCAAGAAGAUGACGACAGACGUCGAACCGCCUGGUGUGGACGACAAGAAUGGCAGAGAUGUCGUGGGAGGGGACGUUGACCAUACUGAACAGACGCUGGGCGUGACAGCAGGACCACGGGAUCCCGAUCGACCACUUCCCCUGAUGAGUCGCAAAUCGACGAAUAACACCAUCACUUCGCCGUCGGACGUGCACCCGAACCCACCGCCGACAGAAGACUUGCCUUCGCCGCCGGUGGCAAUGGAAGCACCAGAAUCUCCAACUUCGAAGAUGGCGCAUGCUCCCCUUCCCUCCACCUCCAUGCCCGCUGCUGCUCCACCUCCACCUCCAGCUCCUACGAAACUCAUCGAAGGCACGGGUGCACAAGCGGGCAUGUUGGCCGGACGGUCAACGGGCGUCAUCGACCCGGAGAAGUGGUGUGCAUUGUGUGAGCGUGACGGACACGACAGCGUCGACUGUCCCGUUGAAGAGGCUUUCUAG